GCAGCCCACGGCCCCGGCUUCGCUAGAGGGAGCCCACGGCCCGCGACACCGGGAAAAAAAAAAAAAAAGAAAAAAAAAAAAAGAAGAAGGACAAAUCACCAAAAAAAACCCAAACAAAUCGCAAGCGGGGUUACGAGCUCUGCUCCGUGGCAGCUUUCACGAGGCGCGGGUUUGGGUCUGACUGCUGCAGAAAUUUGGGUUGCACAACGCUGGGCAGGGCACCCGGCGCCGCUCACCCGUGGCCACGCUUGGGAAGGGGCCGCAUCCUUCUGCGCUCCGCCACCCCCUCGUCUGCCACGGCUGCUUCUCCAGGUGGACUUCCAAGAACUGGACUUCUGGCUGAGCCAGCAUCCAGCAGCGGGGUGCUGGGGGUGGCCGGGAGCCCCCCCAGGACCACCAACGGUCCCAGCCCGGGCUGUUCUCGAACCCCAGCAGCAGGUCGGAUCUCGCAUGCGGCUGCAGGAAAAACAAAAGUUCCAGGAACGCCUUUCAGAGAGGUUUAGGGGAGGGACGCGCCGAGGGCUGCAGCUGGAUCAGGUGCUGGCAGCGAGAAGAUGAAUUGGUGUUUUGCACGUCCCGAGCUUCCUCCUUGUGUUACAUCAGCAGAUCAGCUGAGCUGCUCCCUUGGAAAAGUCUGCUUGCAAAGCUGUCACUUCCACCAGGAACCUAGAAGAAGAAGAAGGGCAAGGUCAUGCUUCACUUUGCGCCCCUAAAACGGGGCCAAAUCCCCGAUUUCUGUGCCUGGCAGGGUGCAGCCCGCUGCUCUCUCGUUCGUCCUUGCAGAAAUACAGGUCUGACCCUGCGAUGUGCAAUCACAGCCCACCUGCGGAGUGCGGGGGGACUCAAAAUGCUCAGGAUGGUAAAAAAAAAAAAAAAAAAAAAAAAAAAAGCUGAUGUUGUCCCAGAGCCAAGGCAGUGUAACUGCAGGUGAAGCAGCGCUGGUGCUGCAGACCUGCACGGCUGCUGGUGACGGUGGGAUGACCAAAGGGGGCUGUGGGUGGUUCUUCCUUUGGGACAUCUCCUCCUGCCCCUGCUCUUGUCCCAUCCCAGGGCAUUGUGAAAGAGAGGAGCUGUUUUUAAUGGAUUGCUUGUGAUUUUCUUACUUCAUGUGCACUUCCUCCCGCCUCAGCUGUAGUGCAGUUCAGCGGGGCUAAUUACCCCACAGGACUGAUUUAUCUCAUUUCCCUGCUCUUGCUCAGCCUCCUCGCCCAGCCUCCCACAGCACCGCAUCAGGGCAGGAUUGCGGCAGCCCCCGCGAGCAGCUGAAACCCCUUCCCUUGCCAUGGUAGAGGAACCAGCGGUAUUUUAAAGCCAGACAUUGCCAGCUCGCUUCCUUCGCCUGAAUUUCAGUAUGACACCGGGGUCAUGCUGCACCCCGGAAGGUCUGGUGGCGGAGGCGUUCCUUGGACGGUUUUGGGGAUGGAGAGUUUGGAUCUCGUCGUCCCUUAUAAAGGAUGCCCCGGUGAUGUGGGUCCAUCAGCGCCAAACCACGAUGCCCCCCGCUCCCUCGGGGCUGGCUGUUGGGACACUUGUCACCACCAUGCACUUUGUCACGGCUGCCACACUUUGCCUGGAAAUGGUGUUUCUCUGUUUUGGUUUCCAUUCUGUGUAUUCCACGGGAUUUUCUUGCACCUUACUUCUCCUCGUGACGGGCCAGACGCUGCUGUGUGAAGUCAGUCAGUGGGAUCCCCUUGGCCGGCUGCAUGGUGCCCACCCAGCCGCUCUCUCACACCCUUUUCUCAACAGAACGGGGGGAGAAAAUACGUGGAAAAAUCUCCUGGGCUGAGACAAGGACAGGGGGGCACUCACCAGUCACUGUCAUGGGCAAAACAGACUCGACUUGGGGAAAAUUAAUUUAUUUCCAGUUGGUAACAGAGUAGGAUAGUGAGGAACAACAAAAUAAAAAUAUUUCCCUCUCACCCUCCCCUUCUUCCCAGGUUCACUCCCAGCCUUUCCGUGGUCAGUCCGUAACACUUUGUCUCUGCUGCCCCUUGCUCCUCCCUAUCCCAGGGGGGGAAUAUCCCGUGGGGUACGAUCCUGCCCCAGCUGCCUGGCUCCUUCCCCUGGGCUGCGCUUCUUCAAGAACUGCCCCAGGGUCAGGUAGUUGGCAGGUUGCAGUCCUUCAGGAGGGGGCUGCGGUGGUGGGGGCUUCACUGGGGGCUGCAGUGGUGGUGUCAGCUCCAUCGGGGUCCUGGGGCCAGCCCGAGCACAGCUGCCACAAGCAGCCAACAGAUGCAGCAGCCUCUGGGUUCUGCUUUAGCAUCUUCCGAACCUUCUGGGGCCAAGGUCCAAGACCACCGGGGGACCCCUGGGCCCUCUCUGAGGAACAAGAGGGGUGAUGUGAUGGAGGGGCAUCCCAAAACCGACAAAAUGGGGCCUAAAGCAGGGUCACCUCCAGCAGGUAAGCAAGGAAGUGCCUGCGAGGUCCCGUUAAGGAGAAAUCCCCCAAGCCCUUCCUGGGUGCUUGAGGUCCUGGGGGGAGGGGGGCGGGGGGGGGGCUCUCCCUAGGAGUAUUUACACACACAGGAUGGGGAGUGAACGCGAGGAGUCAGAGAUCAGCGUGCGGCCGUGGGGCUGCCCUUAGGAGGUGAGGGGAGAUGGCUCCUGCGGCUGCAGCGUCACAGAGGGGGUACGCAGGGGUGCAGGGUGGGCAGAGGGUAGGGAGAGUUGUCCCUGGUGUGGGAGAGCAUCUGGGGCCCCGGGGGGCAGCGCGGGCAUUCUGAAACCUCACAGACAUGGCCCUGGGUAAGCUGCUUGAGGUUGGAAAAAUCUGCAGAAGUCCCAUCCCCAAUGAACCAGCCCAGGGGUCUUAAAGAGCUGUUUUGGAGGAAGUGAGAAACAGAAAAAGGCGUAGUGUGAUCUUCUUCCUUCUCUUGCCGCAAACCACGAGAGAGCUGAGGGCAGAGAGCGCGCCGUGCUCCGAUGGAGGUGUUUGUGUGCCUGCUCCUCGCCUGCCUCCUGCGCCGAGCAGCGUGUGCCAUCAGUACGUUAGAAGUGGAUGGAGCCGAGGGCAGGUCCAUCACGUUUCACCUUCAGGGCCUGAAAGGAGAAAAUUUGGCCUGGAGCUUUCGUGGAGAGACCAUACUUACCAUCAAACUGGGAGAGUCUCCCGAUCCCUCGUUUUAUGAGGACUCCUACAAGUCACGCGUGACCUUCCCUGAGGACGGCAGCGCGCUCACCAUCUCCCAGCUGGGGAAGAAAGAUGCCGGCACCUACACAGCAAAAAAUUCUGUCUUUAAAGCCAGCUUCUUCCUGCGGGUGUACAGCGUGCUGCAGGAGCCGGCGGUGACCUGCGCGUCGUGGAACUGCUCGGCCGACGGCUGCCGCUACACCCUGCACUGCGCCGUGCACACCCCCGGGAACAAAUCCUUCUCCUGGAGCCACGGCGAGCAGCUGGAUGCCGAGGGGCCCGAGGUGGUGGUGGAGGCGCCGCCCCUGGGGGAGCUGGAUGUGCUGUCCUACACCUGCACGGUGCGAAACCCCGUCAGCAGCAGCAACGCCACCGUCUCACCCGCCGCCCUCUGCGCAGACAGCUACAGGAGCAGCUUUACCGGCACCGUAGCCGCGAUGGUGAUCAUAGCGCUAAUAAUCCUGGCUGUCCUCUUGGCCUUCUUGAUAUUCCGAGGCAGGAAGAUCUGCAACCCCUCCAUGCCCGGAGCUCCUGCUACAGAGGUGGCAGCAGAAUACCUGACGGUGUACGCUGAGGUUGGCAUUGCCCAUCAGGAUUUCCCUCAUGCACAGAGAAAUGACCCAAAGAAGACGCCGGCCCCUGGGGUAGAGACCCCCAAAACCAUUUAUUCCACCAUCCAGGCCAUGGCCCAGGUGGAUGAUAACGAGCUGGGCGGCAGCACGCUGGGGUGCUAGGAGCGGAUAAGCCUCUACUGGCCGGUCAGCGAGCUGGGUGCCACGGCACAGGCAGAGCCCAGCACACCCGUGAGCCUGCUCUGCUCGUGGUGCCAGCACGCCGGGCUGUGGCAUCCCUUCCCGGCUCAGCACCACCGCCUCGGUCACCCUGGCCUCGGCACGAGGACGUAAGCACCUGGGGGGUGCAGUGCAGGCAGAGACGCUCGUCUGGCGCAGGAGCUCUGCCCGUGUUUUGGCAUCCAGGUGAGACUUCGGCUCCUCUUUCUGCACUCUCUGGCCAGAGAAACACGGAACAAAACUGCGGCUGCCGACCCGGCCCUGCCACGCAGAGACGUUGCUCCUGGGAGGCUCCUGCAGCGAGGAGCCUCGAGGAGGCUGCGCAAAGGGACGGGAAGCCCCGGGGAGAGUCCUAAAGCCACGUUUUUUUACUACACUUUUUAACCGUGCAAAUACUUUGACUUCUUUGGUUAAGGGACAAAGAGAAAGUAAAAAUAACACUUUUAAAAACAUGGUAAAAGAAUGAGAUGAAGGCGCACUGUGGUUUCAGCACUUGUGCUCACUCCCCCAGUGCUCAUGGGGAGCUGGUGGGGACCUCGCAGCUCCCCCACCACUCGUGGGGUUUCUUUGUGCCGCGAGCGAGCUGUUUGCAGCCCCGCAUGAGACACUGCUGGGUGGGAAGUGGUCUGAGGUUGUCGGGGGGCAGGAGAAGGUCUCGGGGGGAAAAUGGGACAAGAAGCGUGGCUGGUGCUGUUGUGCUCACCUCCUUUGAUGUAUUUAUACACGAGGUUUUAUUCUUGCAUGAUGUGCUCGAGUGUGAGGUGCUGGAGCUGCAGCAUUAGGCUGCUUCCAGGCGGAGCUGUGCCGAGCAGAGCAGCUCUCCGAGAUGCUGCACGGUGCGGUAGCGGCUGCACAGCCCGGGCUCAUCCCCACAGGGACUGGGUGAGGUCGGGAUGCUUGCGGAGGACGCGGUGCCCAGGUCUGCAUCGUUCCCAGCAGAGCUGGCGCUGAGCAGGACGUGCACCUUGCCGUCAAUUUUCCAGACAGACACCGCAGCCGUGGAAGCCUCUUCCUGUGCGUGCUGCUUCCCCCUGCUCUUUGUCUUGUCUGUGCGGAUAGUAAAUUAUUCAGGGAUGAAACCGGAGAUUUCUUUGAAGUGCCUGGCACAGGAGAGCCCUCUAGGAGCUGCUGGAAUAAAAAUGCGAGACACAUCUGAGCUCAAUUUCUGUCUGCAUAUUUUUUUUGGGGUGGGGGGAAACAGUCUUAUUAGUGACAAACCCGUGGUGUUACUUUGUUCUCCGCAUUUUCACGGUGCAGCCAGAUAAGACCUGUUUUUGUGUUUCUUGAAUUUCUGCCGAUCCAUUAAAAAAUAAAAAACCUCAGU